ACAAUCAAUCUCUCUCUCUCUGAUUAAUUAGGGUUUUUAAUCUCAUGGCCGGCGCCGGAAUCCACCCUUACCAUCAGCAGUGGCCGCCUGCAGGUGCGCCACCUCCUCCCGCCGCAGUAUCAUCAGCUGCUCCACCACAUCCCCCGCCCAUUCAUCACCAUCAUCCUCCUCCUCCUGUUUUAGUUGACAACCAUAAUCGUCCUCCUUAUGACGAGCUUCGGACAAUCUUCAUCGCAGGGCUUCCCGAUGAUGUAAAAGAGAGAGAGCUUUUGAAUCUUUUAAGAUGGUUGCCUGGUUACGAGGCUUCUCAGGUGAAUUUCAAGGGAGAAAAGCCUAUGGGGUUUGCUCUUUUCUCCACGGCUCAGUAUGCAAUGGCAGCCAAAGAUAACCUUCAGCAUCUGGUGUUUGAUGCUGAAUCAAAGUCUGUGAUACAUACAGAGAUGGCCAAGAAGAAUCUCUUUGUUAAAAGAGGAAUAGUUGGGGAUUCAAAUGCUUAUGAUCAAAGUAAGCGCCUACGAACUGGUGGUGACUGCACACACUCUGUGUAUAGUCCAUCUCCUUUCCACCCUCCACCUCCUCCUGUGUGGGGACCUCCUCAUGGGUAUAUGGCACCUGCACCUCCACCAUAUGAUCCCUAUGCAGGUUAUCAUGCUCCACCUGUACCAAUGCCUGCGCCCCCACCUAUAGCAGCUCCAAGUUCAUAUGUGCCUGUUCAGAAUAUUAAGGAUAAUCCGCCUUGCAAUACCCUAUUUAUUGGUAAUCUUGGGGAGAAUAUAAACGAAGAAGAAUUGAGGAGCCUGUUGAGCGCGCAACCUGGUUUCAAACAAAUGAAGAUUCUGAGACAAGAAAGGCAUACAGUUUGCUUUAUUGAAUUCGAGGAUGUCAAUAGUGCCACAAAUGUUCACCAUAAUUUGCAAGGUGCUGUCAUUCCAAAAUCCAUAUGGGAAGAGAAAGGAAGGUGGCGGCUAUUCUUUCUUUCCUUCUCCGAGUGCAAAUGGAGCCCAAGGAGCUCUGACAUAUCAGUAGGCCUUGAAGGGGGACGUACUCUCUUCCUUAUCUCCCAACAACUGCACGAAUAGGAUGCAUCUUGCAGGCAGUCCGCAUUGCAUCCAUUUUCAUUCUCGACAUUUUUAAGCAUCAGCAUUACUUCUUUGUCAUGUGUUGGAUGCAUAUAGUGUGACCUCAUCAACAUAUAACAUUUCAGUUUCUAUUAGCUUUACUACAUGCAUUCGCAGUGUGGUUUUUGAUGAUUGUUUGAAUUCUGUAGGAGUUUGGUUUGCCAUUUGUUUAUCUUAUUGCGGCUUUAACACAUCACUUGGUGGGAUUCAUUUUCGACAUUCUGAUCGAUUCAUCCUAAUGAAACUCCAUUUGCUAU